GUGUGUGUGUGUGUGUUCUGGGCUCAGUCUGCAGUGUAUCUCUCAGCAGCAGGGGCAGCUUCAUUCUCUCCUGCAGGAUGUCGGGCCCUCGGACCAGCUCCAUACUGCUGCUCUUCUCCAUCGCCUUCCUGCAGAGCACACUGCUGGAGGCCAAGCCUUUCUCUGCCAUGCACGGGGGUGGAGUCGUGCGCCACCGUCGUGACCUGCGUGACUCGCUGCCCUACGAGGCUCAGAUGAUGUCCUACCCCCCUGCCGACUUCAAGGGGCGAGGAAACGAGCUGUACUACCAGCCGGAGGCGGUGAGGGCGCAGGGGCUGGGCCAGGCCCUCCAGCGGCUGAUGGAGAACGACCAGAGGCGGGAGCAGGAGGCGGCGUACCUGUCAGGUUUGCUCCGCCUCCUGAACGAGGCCGAGAACAACGGCCAGGGGAAGCAGGAGGAAGAGGAGGAAGAAGAUGAAGGAGACUUCCAGGGGCCGUAUCCAUCAGACUACGACGAGACGGAGCAGACGGUCAGCAUGGCUAAACCUCGGGCUCUGCUGGACCCUCAGCUGGCUGAAGCUCUGCUGAACCGCUACAGGCAGGAGAGACUUCUGCAGGCUGGGAUCAAUCCCAACUCCAACCGCCUGCCAGACAGAGAGCAGGACAGGGACCAGGAGAUGCUCCGGUACCUGGUUGAGAAAAUCCUCUCCAGCCUUGGACCUGGAAACCAGCCGAGCCAACCCUCCAACCGCCGAGCCAAACGGGACGUGAGCGCCGUGUCCAGCAGCGUACGAGGCGGAGCUACCCCUCUGAGACGAUCCCGGCGCUCCGUGGACUCCGCCCCCAUGCCCUCGCCCAACUCCGAGGCCUCUCUGCUGCGGGUGAAGAGGCUGGGGGACGAGAGCGAUGAUGAAGGGUUCGCCGCUCAGAGCAGCAGAGCGCCCCACGCUGGCCUGCAGAGGAUGAAGCGCAUCGACACUGACCUGCCCCCUCCCCCCAAACACAGCCGCAAGCGUCGGGCAGUGACCUACGACCCCGACCUCAUCGCUCAGCACAUCCUACAGUACUUACCAGCAUAGAGAGAGAGAGGGGGAAAAGAUAGAUAGAGAGAGAGAGAGAGAGAGAGAGAGAGAGAGAGGCAGAGAAACUCAUCUGAUAACAAUACAGUGCAGAUUGCAGAAUUUUAUGCUGACCUGACAAUUCCCUGUAAACACACCCGUGUAUCUGCUCCAACACUAUAAUAAAUCAUCAAACACUUUACUUAUCUAUGCUUCUUGCUGCUGCACAUAAGCAGAAUAAUAAUCAUACAGCACCAGUUAAACGUUUGGACACACUAAUUCACCAACUCAGUGUUUUUUCAUUAUUUUAAAUGUUCUGCAUUGUUUUAUAUAGCCUUUUAAAUUUAAUCUGACAUUCCUCAUUUUUGGCAUUUUUCCUACUUUUAAUCCUGUUUUUCAGUAAUUUAAUCUAAUUCAAUUGUCUUAUUCUAUUGGCAGAUAUCCUUGCUUGGUUUAAGCAUUAUUUCUUCUAAGAUAAAUUAACUACUAGUACAAUAAAACACUGUAGUAGCAGAUUAAAUCACUUAAAACAAGUACAGUGACGUUCUAAAUAAGUUAAUAAGUUAAGUUAAUUCAUUCUAAUAAUAUUAGAACCUGGAUUGCUCCCUUGGUAGCAGCAGUAGUCCUAAUUUGAGUCGAUGUUAUGGUAAUGUAAUAGCUAAAUAUACCAAUGGAGAACAAUGCUAAAAGCUAAAAUUGACCUUAUCUCAGUUCUUAUAGUUAGACUUUAACCUUUACUGUCAAUGUUUGACUGGUAUAUGAUUGUUAAGGUGGUCUUUGAGGGUUAAGAUGGUUGAAAAGUUGGUGAUCCAACUUUUGAAAGCAAAGCCUGUGAGGGCAAUCUGACUGGAAAACCUGCUUUUAACCACAUACAUGACCAACAUUACCAAAUUGGCUUACAAGCUUGUUGGGACUUAACAAAGAUGGUCAACCAACAUGACCAGCAAGAGACCAAGCUGAACCAGCAUGACAAGCAAGACUUGGCCAAGCUAGUUGAUCUUGGUCUUACUGCAAUACUGGUUUUGUUGAGCUUGGUUGGAUUGAUGGAUUCAUGCUUGUAGACCAGCUAAACUUUUAAAAUCAAUCAAAAAAACAUAUCCUGUGUUGGCCAAGAGCUAAACUGGUCAACCAACUUAACCAGUUUGACCAGCUUAAACUGUCUAAAGGGGGUUUCAGAAGGGUAUUUUGAAUAUAGAGCUAAAUAUCUUAUACGCAAAGUACCUCCCCUAACCCCAGUUGUGUUUGAGUGCAUUUAAUACUAGCCUAAUGCUAUUUUAUGUAGCAGUAACCCGUACAUUUAGUCUUCAAUCUACAGUACUUCAGCUAAUCCAGUCUGAACAGGGCUUUACAACGAAUAUCUCUAUAGUAUGAUCACAGCAGGAGUGCAUGAAACAAUCCUUCAUAUUUAAUUAUCACCGUCUUGCAUCUUUUGCAUCUUUUGCAUCUAAAAUAUUCCAGCUGUCUUGUCCUUUAAGAGCAUCUGCAGGACAUCAAAGCCUUUUAUCAGUUCUAAACGAUGCAGUACUUCGUUAUCCACAGCGAACGGGAAUUAUCUUAGUGAAGAUAAUCAUCAAAACUGGUCUCAAACCAACUGAAUCCUUAGCGUUUUCUGAAGCUUCAGCCAAAGUGAAAAACCAAAGUAGGUUUAGGAAUAGAGAGAGAACCUCCUCCUCCUCCUCCUCCUCCUCCACACUGCAUUUGUGAUUGAGUUUUUAGAGUUUUUAGAGUGUUUAGAGUCUAUAGUGUGUGUUGCAUUGCUUCUGCCUCCAUUGUGUAUCCAUUUCCACCGCAUUUCCAAGGCUCUGAGUUAAAGUUUCAGAGUUUACUCUCUCCCAGACAGGCAGAGCUUACAGUCUGCUAUCGAUUUCUCUCUCUGGCACACAGUUUCGCUCUCUGUCAGAGUCCAGCACUGUCCGGUCUUUACGCUCAUAAAUCCACCAUGCGGAACUGCUGGUUCCUGCUGGAUCUGACACACACACACAGAGUUCUCCCAGAGGUCCUUGAGUCCUCUUGUUAUUUCACAGCAGUAAAUGUUUUAAUAGUGUUGCUGGAGCUCAGAAACAGAUGUUACAUUGGUUUUAAAUUGAUUUUGCUCAACAUCAGCGAGUAGCGGAGUAACAGCAGUGGCAGACUUACCAAUACAUUACAAUUUUUCAAAACAGAUUUUGUGCUUAACCAUUGGAACCCCAUUGACGCACAACUGAGACUGUACACACUCUAAUCUAACUUUUACUGAAAAGAAAACUAUUGUGUGAAUUGAUUUAAAGGGUAAUCUGUCUGGAAAAAACUGCUUUUAACCACAUACCUGACCAACAUUACCAAACUGGCUUACAAGCUUGAUGGGACUUGAUUUAAAGUCUGAUUUAAAGUCUGUUCUGUUCAUUCAAAAAUCAUUUUUGGGUAAAAUCGUGAUCAAAACAUGAUCAAUUCCAUGAAGAUUUGCAAAUUCUAGAAGCAGUUACAUCUCAAAUAAAGACAUUUUUUUAACAAGCUCAGUCUUUUUUGGUAUAAAGGUAUAAAAAUAAUGGCAUAACAUAACUGUGUUAUAACAAGUGAAAUGGGAAGUGACAAAAAUGAAGAAAAAACGCACCAAAAUAAGCUGGGGUUCAAAGAAUUAAAAACAUACAAAUUCUACUUUUCUCCUCAAGAUUUCUUUAAUAUAAAGAUAUAUUUUUAUCUUGACCAUAAAUUUUGAAGUGGCUGCUUAUGCUUAUAUAGUAUUUGAAAGAGCCAGAGACUUCAGAAGAAAGAAAAAAUGGACGCUUUUUGGUUACAUUUUUCUUUACAAAGCAAGCCACAAAUUUGUCCACCAUGUUGUCAGAGUAGUCAAAGUUGAGCCAGACUCUGUUUUCAAACCAAUGGGGAAAACUGUUGGAAUUGGACAGAUUUAUCCAUCAUGGUGUCAAAAUUUGCAACCAGAGUAGAGGCCAGAGCUGCAGUCUUUUAUUUCUUUAUUUUUUUUGCUAGAUUCGUCCACUUCAACAAGGCCAAGUGUGUCUCAGGCUGCCUUCAUUGAGUUUACAGAACAGAAGCAUUUCCAGUUAAUUCCCAAUACAACUUGACAUGAUGCAGAGCUCCACUUUCUCAUGAUAAAGCACCAUAAAGUUUUUAAAAAGAGGGAAAACUAACCAAAAAUGGGUAAGGCUGUUCUGUCCCUGAAAUAUAAGAGGAUGGGUGGAGCUUCUCUUUAUAGAGCAAAUUAUACUGCAACCAUCCAGCAGAGGCACUAAGUCUGUGCUGUCUUGUGCUGUCUUACAUCUUAUUACAUUAAAUAUAUUGUAAAUUAAAUAAAAAAAAUAAUUUUAUUCAUUUAAUGUAAUGUAUGCUCAUCACCUACAGCCCAUCCAACACCAACAUUACCUACAGUAAUUACUACAGUAAUAAAAAUAAAAAACAUCCAAGUGGGUUCUCUGCUCUCUCUUUCUCUAAACUCCUUGUGUGCAUUAAUUAAUGUUACUAAACUAAAAAAAAAAGAUUCUUGACUAAACUCUGUGUGGAAAAGUCGCUGUUGUCCUCCCCUCCCCUGCUUCUGCCACUGGCUUUAGUGCCCGAUGUGCCAACGAAACUAUUAACGCCGGCUGCGUUUUUUUACACGGCACCUUUCAGUUCCUCUCUGAUUUCCUCUGCAGCAGAGUUUGUGCAAGAAAGUACUGCCUUUCACACAAUAUUACAGCUUUAGGUUUCCAUUGCUGUGCGGUCAUGAAAAUCUUGUAUUAAGAAAAUGCACAUUGUCGCGCGGCAGGUUUUAUUGUAAAAAUCAGUUUACGUUAAAUAAACUGUGUGUGAACAACCA